AUGGAGACAUCACAAGCCUGGAUCCUCGAAGGCCAAAAUGGCCUUGAAAGCCUCAGAUCCGUCCCAAAUCAGCCCAUUCCCUCCUUAGGUGACUAUGACGUUCUAGUGCGCAUUCACGCGGCAUCUCUCAACCACCGCGAUUUAGCUAUCGCCAAGGGUGCCUUUUCCCUCACCAUCACUCCCAACAUUGUGGCCGCUUCUGACGGAGCAGGAGUUGUCCAAUCCAUUGGUCCCAAAGUCCAAACAUUCCGACCAGGCGACAAAGUCUGCACCUACAUGGUUCCUCAGAAACCCGAAAACGAGCCUGUCACGUUCGCAGACAUCGGCAGUGGACUUGGACAACAGGUCGAUGGGACCCUCCGUCCAUUCGGUGUAUUUCACGAGACUGCCCUAGUAAAAAUGCCACCGAGUCUCUCUUUUCUCGAAGCCAGUACCCUCACUUGUGCGGGGUUGACUGCUUGGAAUGCUCUCUUUGGGUUGGAGUCGAGGGCCCCAAGGAAGGGCGAUGUGGUCUUGGUGCAGGGGACAGGUGGUGUCUCGAUUAUUGCGUUGCAGUUUGCACUUGCUUGCGGUGCCACGGUAAUUGCAACGACUAGUUCUGAGGCAAAAGCUCAGAAACUCAAGGCGGCCGGCGCUCAUCAUGUACUCAAUUACCGGGCUGAUCCGAACUGGGGCGAGACUGCGAAACAGCUCACACCAGAUGGGAAGGGUGUGCAUCUUGUCGUUGAUGUGGGUGGGCUGUCGACUGCUGGACAGUCGCUGAAAGCGGUGCGGCCGGAAGGCGUGAUUGCCAUGACAGGUUUAUUGGGGGGAGCUCCAGAUGGAAAUGUCAAUACUUUGAUUGACUGCCUCGUUAAUUUGUGCACUGCACGAGGGGUGCUAUUAGGCACCCGGAGGCAGUUCGAGGAUAUGAAUGCGUUUAUUGAGAAACAUGGCAUGCAGCCGGUGGUGGAUGAUAAGGUGUUUGGGUUUGAGGAGGCCGCUGAUGCAUAUCGGUAUAUGGACGACCAGAAACAUUUCUCAAAGGUCUGCGUGAGGGUGGGUUGA